AUGGAUCUUGCAUUUAAUGAGAUCAUUGAGAAUUUUGGAAAUGUGGCAAGGUCUGUGGCUCGUUUUGGCAAGAGGUGCACAGACCCUGUAUAUCACUGCCUUGAUAAUUUCCUUAACGAUCCAAUUCUGAAUAAUUUUGAAUGGUUUGGGUGGGAAUAUAAAUUGAAGAAGAUGGAGAGGAAAGUUAAGAAAAUGGAGAGAUUUGUUGCAAUUGUGAUGCAGUUGUCUCAAGAGUUGGAAGUGCUGGCAGAGCUUGAGCAAACUCUUAGGAGAAUGCAGGCCAACACUGAGUUAGAUCGGGUGAAAUUGGUUGAGUUUCAACAGAAGGUAAUGUGGCAGCGUCAGGAAGUGAGAAAUCUGCGUGAGAUGUCUCCAUGGGUUAGAACUUACGAUUACACUGUCAGACUCUUGGUAAGAUCGCUUUUCACAUUACUGGAAAGGAUAAAACAUGUUUUUGGGAUUAACCAAAUGGCAUCAAUGGAAGGAAGUAAUGAUUGUGAACAAAGGAAUACUAAUUUUCUUUCUCGCAGCCAAUCCUUUUCUGCUCCUUUGCAGUCUUUGGUAUAUCCUUCUGAGAAUAAUCUUUGUGGGUUCUCUUCGGCACCUCCUGGGAAGUUGGUUUUGAAAUCAAUUCUGACCACUCACAAGAAUAAACCAAAUAACAAGCUAGGACAAUUCAUUCAUGAGUCUGAUACCGUACUUGAAAAGCUUCCCCAUUCAAAAUCAAAACGAUUGGGUCAUGUUGCAUCUUUUAAAGGAUGUAUGAUGGGCGGGGCUGAUUCUCCAAUAGUGGAGAGUUGCAAGCCAAAAGGUGGUUCUAUGAGGUUUACUAAUGUUUCUAUGAAAAACAAUGAGAAAAUGAGAAAUACAAAUAAGGGAUCACUUUCUUGCAACAGCAAAAUAUUUUAUAAACUCUCUCUCUUGAAUUCCAAACAUGGGUUGUUGAAUGCCCCUCCAUCAACUCUUGGUGAUGCUGCAUUAGCCCUCCACUAUGCAAAUGUUGUUAUAUUGAUUGACAAAUUAGCUUCAUCUCCUCACAUGAUUGGCCUUGACACGAGAGAUGAUCUGUACAAUAUGUUACCCACAACUAUAAAAAGUGCUCUGAGGGUGAGGCUUAAGGCAUAUUCUAAAACUUCACCUUCAUCUGUGUAUGAUGCUUCCCUUGCAGCUCAAUGGAAUUCAGCAUUGGAUCAGAUAUUGGAAUGGCUGGCUCCUCUAGCUCAUAACAUGACGAGGUGGCAAUCAGAGCGUAGUUUUGAGAAGGAAAAUGUGGUUUCCAGGUCAAAUGUGCUUUUGGUGCAGACUCUCUACUUUGCAAAUCGAGCAAAAACUGAAGCUGCCAUUACAGAGCUUCUCGUGGGGCUGAACUAUGUCUGUAGGAUUGGUAGAGAACUUAAUGGAAAGGCUUUGCCAGAGUUUGCUCAAAACAGGGUUUAUGAUGAUUGUCUACCGAAGUGA